UGUACGGUCUGUUAUUACAGAAAAUUAUUAUUUUCUAUGACCGCUUGCCCUUCCAAAGCACUAGGAGCUAAGGCGAUAUAUAGCUUUAAAUUGCCGAGGUCGCUACGUUCUGAUCCACUCACGCAUUGCGAGACCUGCGCCGCGGUCCGAUUUGAACUUAAAGCAAUCGUCAAUUCGUUGAUGUUACAACACGACACGACGAACCAGUCUCUUAGAAUCUUAGUUUUGAUUUUGAAGAAAGGACCGUGGCCUACAUUUGUUUCCAAGAUGUUCUUUUCAUUUUUCGUAACAAUACUGGCCGUUGUCGCAUAUACGGAGGGCUUUUCCCAUGGGGCUCCGGAGAGCGCCUGCCGGGACUUAAUGCCAAGACAUCAAGAUCAUAAGCCCCAGACAAGUCCACCACCAUACGCCAUCACCACCAGCGUUAGGGAACUUAAGGCUGGCGACUCCUUGCGAGUGACUGUCGAAGGGAAAACACCUGCAAACUUGAUCCGCGGCAUCAUGCUGCAAGCGCGCGCUGGCGAUGACAUCGUUGGACUCUUCAAACUCGACCCCAACGACUCUUUCUCCCAGCUUAUGAACUGCGGAGUUUUAGGCGACACAAUCACGCAUAAGAAGCAUGAUAACAGCCAAGACAAACAAACUCUCACUUACACAUGGACUGCUCCAGCCAACUUGAACGAUAAAAUUGUAGUCGGAGCAACAAUUGCACUCAACAAAUCUACCUUCUGGGUUGAUGUUAAAUCUGCUCCUGUUAAAAUAAUGCCAUGAAUUAAUAAAUUUCAUCAUAAUGCCGGCCUGCAGAUGCCUUAUUACUUAUAGUAUUAUUAAUUUUUUUACAUAGACUAUAAUGUUUAUAAAAUAAACAGUACUUAAUAAAA